AUGAAUGUGGCCGUUGACGAAUUCGGUAAGCCCUUCGUGAUUCUACGACAGCAGGAGAAGAAGCGGCUUACGGGGCUCGAUGCGCACAAGGCGAAUAUCAUGGCGGCCAAGGCUAUUGCAAGCACCCUGAAAACCUCACUUGGCCCGCGUGGUAUGGACAAAAUCAUUGUAAGCCCUGACGGCAAAGUCACCGUGACAAAUGAUGGUGCAACCAUACUACAAAAGAUAGAGGUCGAGCACCAGUGCGCCAAACUAUUGGUAGACCUGUCGAAGAGCCAAGAUGAGGAAAUUGGAGAUGGAACGACGGGUGUUGUUAUAUUGGCAGGAGCACUACUCGAAAGGGCGUUGCGUCUCUUGGAUAAGGGGUUGCACCCAUUGCGGAUAGCAGACGGAUACGAAACGGCCUGCGACAUCGCUAUCAAAAGGCUUGAAGAAAUUGCAAAUGAGCAGGAUGAAUCAUACUCUGCGGAGAAAAAUGGGGAAAUUUACAAGAAGGCGGCAUAUACUGCCUUGGGGUCAAAGGUAGUGUCGAGCUGCCAGGACCACCUCGCCGACAUCGCAGUUAACGCCGUUAUGGCCGUACAGGACAAAGAACGCAGGGACGUAAACCUUGAACUCAUCAAAAUAGAGGCAGUGACCGGUGGACGGCUGGAAGAUACCUGCCUAGUUGAAGGAAUAGUGCUGACCAAGGAAUUCAGCCAUUCCCAGAUGGCCAAAACCGUCACUGAUGCUCGCAUAGCCAUUCUGUCAUGCCCAUUCGAACCACCCAAGUCGAAAACUAAAAGCCGCAUCGAAAUAUCUACAGUAGAGGAUUACGAAAAACUGCAGGAGUGCGAAAAGAAUUACUUCGAAAACAUGGUCCAGCGCGUAGUAGACAGCAAGGCCAAUGUAGUUAUAUGCCAGUGGGGUUUUGAUGAUGAAGCAAAUCAUCUGCUCAUGAAGAAAGGCAUAUCUGCCGUACGUUGGGUUGGUGGCGCCGAACUGGAGCUUGUCGCCAUAGCCACAGGAGGCAAAAUUGUUGGGCGCUUCGAAGACCUAGAUGAGAGUAAGCUGGGACGCGCAGAGGUCGUCCGUGAGGUUGCAACUGGUACAGAGCAUCAGGAAUUCAUAUUUAUUGAAAAGUGCAAGAAAACGAAAUCGGUGACUGUUCUUAUUUCCGGAGGAAAUGGCGUCUAUGUAGAAGAAACAAAACGCUGCAUUCAUGACGCCAUCUGCUGCGUACGCAACCUAGUACGGGAUUCUCGUGUUCUGGGUGGAGGAGGUGCCCCAGAAAUAGCUGCAUCCCUCGCCAUCGAAGCCGCUGCCGUUAAGCUCAAUGCCUUGGAACAGUUCGCAGUGCAGGCAUUCGGAGAAGCGUUACUAGAAAUUCCUAUGGCACUGGCAGACAACUCUGGACUAAACGUGUUCGAUAUGGUUGCCAAAGCCGCGCAAAUGCAGCAGACGAAUUGUCAUGUAGGCAUCGAUUGCCUAAGGGGAACUGUUGGCGACCUUCGAAAACACGGUAUUUUCGAGUCUUUGCACUCCAAGAUUCAACAACUGUCAUUGGCCACACAGGUGGUGAAGAUGAUAUUGAAAAUAGAUGACGUGAUAUGCCCCACUGAGAUCCAGUGA